AUAAACAACACAAAAAUCUGGUCGCGCGCCGCCGCCAGCACCACCCUGUCCGUCUUGUCUCUGUCUGCCUGUCUCUGUUCUCACCGAUCCGACAUUGCUUCAUCUGCCACUGUGCAUGGUCGACGCGCCUAGCCGAGCGUGCAUAUUGCAUUCCACCAACAACCAUGUCGGAACGAGUGACGCGCUCCCAGACCGGGAAGACCCCGAGAAAGUCCAUGGUUCCCGAAGGCUUCGUCGAAACGCCCGGAACACGACGACGGACUACGCGAAAGUCUGCUGCCAGCGAUGGACGAUCACCGUCCCCCACCGAAGACCUGAGCGCCUCCGCCGAGCUCAAGGCUCCCGUCACUAGCGGCAAUGGCAGCACGAAGAAGGCAGCGAAUGGAAGUGCCAAUGGCCAGCCGAAGGGCAAGGUCAUCGACGGCUGGCUCGUGGGCAGCGACCCCAAGAUCGACCACAACCCACACUUCGACUUUGGUGGCACUCUGGGUGUCUCCGCGAUGAUGAUAGGCUUUCCGCUGUUGAUGUGGUAUAUGUGGAUAGGAGCCACCUACUACAAUGGCAAAUUCCCCUCAGAGCCCAGCAUGACCUGGGCCCAGUACGGCAAACACCUCUUCCACCUGGCAUACACCGGGGCCUUCCCUCAUCGCAAGGCCUGGGCCAUUUACUGGACAUUCUUCAUCUUCGAGGGCUUGCUCUAUCUGUUCGCACCAGGUGUCUACUCCACUGGCAAGCCUCUGCCGCACGAAAAUGGCAAGCAGUUGCGCUACUACUGCUCUGGAGUGUGGUCGUUCUACAUCUCCAUCGCCACCGCUCUGGGCCUGCACUACACUGGCCUCUUCCCCAUGUACACUCUCAUCGAUGAGUUUGGCCCACUGAUGAGCGUGGCUAUCUUCACUGGUUUCAUUGUUGCCAUUGUCGCCUACGUGUCCGCUCUCGCGCGUGGUGCUCAACACCGUAUGACCGGAUACCAUAUCUACGAUUUCUUCAUGGGCGCCGAGCUCAACCCUCGCAUGUUUGGCUGGCUCGACUUCAAGAUGUUCUUCGAAGUUCGUCUGCCAUGGUACAUCCUCUUCUUCAUUUCCCUCAGUGCAGCUUUCCGCCAGUUGGAGACCUACGGAUAUGUGACUGGAGAAGUCGCUUUCCUGGUCAUGGCCCACUGGCUCUACGCCAAUGCCUGCUCCAAGGGUGAGGAGAUGAUCGUCACCACCUGGGAUAUGUACUACGAGAAGUGGGGCUUCAUGCUCAUCUUCUGGAACCUGGCUGGUGUCCCACUCAGCUACUGCCACUGCACCAUCUUCCUUGCCAACCACGACCCAUCCGAGUACCGCUGGAGCAAGCCUGUUCUUGUCUUCCUCUACAUCACCUACCUCUUCGCUUACUGGGUCUGGGAUACCGGCAAUUCGCAGAAGAACAUGUUCCGCGCUGAUGAGCGCGGAGUUGCUGUGCACCGAAACACUUUCCCACAGCUGCCAUGGAAGCAGGUUAAGAACCCAAGGACCAUCCGCACCGAAUCUGGUGACUCUCUCAUGAUCGACGGCUGGUUCAAGUACGCUCGCAAGAUCAACUACACCGCCGACUUCUACUUCGCAUUCUGCUGGGGUCUCAUUACUGGUUUCAACAGUCCUUUCCCCUGGUUCUAUCCGGUCUUCUUCGCGCUCAUGAUCGUGCACCGCGCGUACAGGGAUAUCCAAAGAUGCAAGGAGAAGUAUGGCUCCGCUUGGGAGGAAUAUGAGAAGAUCACACCUUACUUGUUCAUUCCGUACGUCAUUUAAUUGGCUCGCGAUGGCGUUACGGAAGUGUCAGAUGUGGUGGAAGUAGGUGUACAGUGAAUGUACUUAUGAACAACGACAGAGUUGGUGAUGGCGGGACGGAAAUUUAAAAUUAGGAGGGAUCUCGGUCGGGUGACGAGAUAUUGUCAGGCGUUAUUUUGUCCAUGUUUAUGCUGAUUGUGUACAGUGCGAGCUUCUGUGUGCUUUGGCCGAGACGAGACGUUGCUGAUACCCAAGAUGUAGUUGAUGCUAAUGCGGAA